AUGUCUUCUCUUGCUUCUGAGGACACCUCCCUGGGGCCAGGGACUCAAGUGGGGCCAACCAAGAAGAAGAAGAGAAAGAAGAAACAUCUGGAAGCCAGUAUCCAGACCCUGACCCAGGCUGGGCAUGGAGCCCUGAGGGAUGGCCGGAAAGAUGAGGCCUUGGCCAGCUUUCAUGGAGCCUUUCUUCUGGCCUUGGAAGGCCAGGGAAGCAGGGGCACCAGAGCUCUGAAGGCCUGCGCUUUCAACCUUGGGGCAGCCUACGUGGAGACGGGCAGCCCUGCGCGCGGCCUCAGGCUCUUCCUCUGGGCCAGACCAGAAGAAGAGGCCAAGGGCUCUUCCCACGGGGACCAGUGCUUCAAUGUGGCCUUGGCCUACCAGGCCUUGGGUGCUUUACCUCAGGCCUUGCUGUGGUACCAGAAGGCCCUGGGCCAUUAUCAGCCCCGGGGAGACCAAGGGGGAACCCAGGAGAAGAUGGCGGCCUGCUACCAGGCCCUGGGACACCCAGAACAGGCGGCCCACUGCCUUCGGGAAGCGGGCCAGGCUUAUGCCCGCGCGGGGAGACCCUGGGCUGCCGCCCUGGCCCUGGGAGCUGCUGGCGGAUGCAUGCUGAAGACCAAGCAGUACAAGGUGGGAGACGUGGUGCAGCUGCUGGAGGACAGCCGGAGGCUGGCCGAGAAAAGUACCCACCGGAGGCUUCUGGGGAAGCUCUACAACGACCUCGGCCUGACCUAUUCCCAGCUUGGUCUGCUCCCACUGGCGGCGGAGAGCUUCCUUCGGGCGCUGCCUCUGUGUCGCGAGCCGGGCGCCAAGGCUGUUGUGCUGCGGAACCUCGGCGCUGCCCACAAUGCUCUGGGGAACUUCGAGGAGGCGCGAGACCUCCACCGGGAAGCUGCUGCCCUGCACGGGUCAGCUGGGCAGCGGCAGGAGCAGGGAGAGUGCUUUGGGGGCCUGGCAUUUGCCCUGAGUCAGUUGGGGGAGCAUGAGGCUGCCAGGGACAACUAUCUUCAUGCCCUCCAGGCUGCACAAGAUGCUGGGGAUAUGAAGGGACAGUGGCAAGCUCUGGAGGGGCUAGGGGCUGCAGCUGUCUGUCUGGGGAAGCCCGACCACGCUGUGAAACACUAUAAGGAAGCACUGGCUUUACUAGUCCAAUGUCAGGAAGAGCCCUCCUCCGUUCGAGAGAGGCUGGUGGCCAAGCUGGAAGAUUCUAUGAGGACUCACUUGAGCCUGGGAGGACUCCACCCUGAUGGCUCCCGGUCACUGACCCGGAUGAGGCCACAGGCUAUGAAUAGAAUCUCUUACUCAAAGCAGGCAGCAGGCUCAACACAAUGCAGAUCAGCUGCUUUGUGGGAGGAAGAGGAGGAGAUGACAGUCAAUCUUCCCAUGAUAUCACCCAAAUGGAGACUGGAUGGUGUCCUCAAAGAGGGGAAGCCCAGCCUCCUCGAUUCUGAUGGUCCCCAAGCCAAUAGCAACUGGAAUAACCCAAGGCCAGCCAUGGUGCCCCAGGAGCCUAUUUGCCCCUUCCAUCACCUGCUUACAAGGGAGAGAGGAAAAAAAGACACUUUAGAUUCUGGGGUCCAGAACUACAAUUCUACUUCCUGCUGUCCCAGUACCUCCUAUCUGAGGUGGCAUCAAGCACUGUCGAGAUCGCCUCAAGGACCCAAGACCAAGCCCAGCAAAAAUGUCCAAAGGAGACCAACCAAGUCCAGCUUCUGCGUGGUCAUGUGACCUUGCCCUCUCUCCUUCUCGUCUAGGGAAGUCCUUGAAGCCCUGGCUUUUUCUAUUUGUCCAGUCCUUGCAUGGAGAUAAUCUGGAGCACAGGAUUGUGCAGAGCAGUUGCUGUCCCAAUCUGUGCUCAGUAUUAGGGUCAGGGGACUUUGAAAUCCCCAACCUCACCCAGCUCCAGCUCCAUUUUUUCUUUUUCUGUCUUUUGUUUUGUUUGUUUUUUUAAACCUUACCUUUUGUCUCCGUAUCAGUUCUAAGACAGAAAAGCGGCAAAGGCUAAGUGACUUGCCCUGAGUCACCUAGGGAGGAAGUAUCAGAAGGCGUAUUUGAACCCAGGUCCUCCCGACUCCAGGCCUGGCGCUCUAUCUACUGUGCUACCUAGCUGCCCCUUCCUGCUCCAUUUUUGAUGCAACUGGCAGAGAAAAUAAAACUUGUCUUUCUUCAGGA